UUUGUUUAUGUUUAUGUUUAUGUUUAGAAACGCUAACGUGCGUUAAUCGCUUAGAAGGUUAUGAUGUUCGAUAAAGAUUGUUUUGUCUCUUUUGCUGCCGUAACAUGUUUGAAAAUUCUAUUUAUUCCACUUUACAAGUCUACUGAUUUUGAAGUCCACAGAAAUUGGAUGGCCAUAACAUAUCAAAAGCCAGUGAACGAAUGGUAUUUAGAGAAAACUUCCCAAUGGACACUUGACUAUCCACCAUUAUUUGCUUGGUUUGAGUAUUUUCUUUCUGUAAUAGCAAAGUAUUUUGAUCCAAAGAUGCUUGAAGUGACUAACUUGAACUAUGAAAGCUCACAAGCAGUUUUUUUUAUGCGGAUGUCUGUGGUAUUUUCAGAUGUCAUAUAUUAUAUUGGAGUUAAUCGUAUUUUCAAUUUGAGCAAAACCCAAAAAGCUAGCAUAGAUGACCCAUGGUUAAGAAAAGAAGUAGUGCUAGCCAUGUUAUUGUUGUGGAAUCCUGGUCUUUUGCUGGUGGAUCAUAUUCACUUUCAGUACAAUGGAUUUUUGAGUGGAAUUUUAUUCAUUUCUGUCGCUGAUAUGUUUCAGGAAAAAUAUGUCCAAGGUACAUUUUGGUUCUGCAUAUUGAUCAACUUCAAGCAUAUAUAUCUUUAUCUAGCACCAGCAUUUUUCAUCUUUCUGUUGAAAAAUUAUUGCUUUAAAAGCACGGAUGGAAAUGUAGAUUUUAGAAGAUUUUCAGUGAAACAUUUUCUGGCAUUAGCUGCAAUUGGCAUAGUUACAGUGCUGAUAUCUUUUGGUCCCUUUAUUUAUAUGGGACAGCUGAAGCAAGUUCUUUCUCGAUUAUUUCCUGUUAAACGAGGCUUGACACAUUCAUAUUGGGCUCCAAAUAUAUGGGCACUUUAUAAUUUUGCUGACAGGGUGAUUAGUUUUCUUGCAUAUCAGUUGAAAUUUUAUGCAUAUGAAAAGCUCCAGACAUGCUCCACUAGGGGAUUAGUGCAAGAAUGUGACCAUGUUAUUCUUCCUUCAGUUUCUUCAAUUUUCACAUUAUUUCUUGCUGCACUUUCAUUCAUUCCUGUGUUUUAUAUUACAUGGAGGAAACCAGGAAGCCCUAAAGUCUUCAUAAACAGUCUGAUUUUAUGUUCCUUUGGAAGUUUUUUAUUUGGAUACCAUGUACAUGAAAAGGCUGUUUUGAUGAUAAUACUUCCUAUGACGAUUACUUCAGUUUUUUAUAAAGAAGAAGCACAAAUAUUUGCUUUCCUCUCAGUUGUUGGACAUUUUUCUCUUUUUCCUCUUCUACAUAAAGAAGGAGAGACCCUGUUGAAAAUUUUGCUGUUAUUACUUCAUGCAGUGUACAUGUUCUCCUCUCUUAAUGAACUGCAUCAAUUGAAAUCAUCACUGAUCACCAGUCUGGAGAAAUUAUACUUCUGCGGUCUGAUUGUUUUGCAACUGUUUCACAGCAUCUUUGCUGAAAUUCUUGGCAUAGAGAAAAAGUUACCAUUUCUUCCACUGAUGUUAACCUCUACAUACUGUGCAUUUGGUAUAUUAUAUGCAUGGAUAAAAUAUUGCUAUCUGACCCUAAAUAGCACUGAUUCUGACAUAACACGGAAGAAAAGGAAAAAGUAGUUUUAAAAUGCCUUACUGUAUGGAGUAAAGUAUUAUUGUUGUCUGUGCCUCUUAGGUUGAAAGAACGUAUUGUAUUUGUUAGUUAAUUGUAUUAAAAUAUGCUUUUCUAUUACAUAGUCAUAAUACUGCCUGAAUAAAGAAAAUUAGUUUGUA